AUGUUUUUACAUAAUUAUAUUUCUAAAUUACAAUUAGAUGCUCCAACUCCUUGGGGUUUAUUUUUUCAAGAUAGUGCUUCACCUCAAAUGGAAGGUAUUGAAGAGUUACAUAAUAAUAUAAUAAAUUUUUUAGCUAAUAAAUCACCUAUUGCUCAUAAAUUUAUGAAUCAUGGUACUUUAAUAGAUUAUCAAUAUCCUGAUUUUACUAAUGCAGAUGAUGAAUUUAUAGAAUUUGAUUCAUAUAUAGUGCCAGAAAGUGAUUUAGAACAAGGUCAAUUUAGAAUGUUAGAAGUUGAUAAUAGAGUUAUUAUACCUGAAUUAACUCACACUAGAAUUGUUAUAUCAGCUGCUGAUGUUAUACAUUCUUAUGCUUGCCCUUCUUUAGGUAUUAAAGCAGAUGCUUACCCAGGUAGAUUAAAUCAAGCUUCUGUUUACAUAAACCGUCCUGGAACUUUCUUUGGACAAUGUUCAGAAAUAUGUGGUAUUUUACACAGUUCUAUGCCUAUUGCUAUACAAUCAGUAUCUAUAAAAGAUUUCUUAUUAUGA